AUGUGCACUCACCAUGCUAGGGUGCGCGUGGGUGUGGGACUGCAGCAGCAGCUGCUGAGCAAUCACUGCAUAUUUCUUGACUCACCAUUUGCGUGUGUGACUGUGACUGCAGCUGCAGCAGCUGGGAGCGCAGCUGUUCGUUCUCUUCCUUCAACUGUGCCACCUCCGCCUCUAACUCUACUGUAUACGCCUGAGGUGGGGAGGGGGAGGGCAUGGGAAGAGGAUUAUGUGGUUAAGCUCCUGGGCACCCUUCAGGCUCCACUGUGUACGCCUGAGGGGGGGGGGGGGGGAGAGGAGAGGGGAAGGGCUGGGUGCGCAGCUGCUCGUUCUUUUCCUUCAGCUGCGCCACUUCUGCCUCCAGCUCCACUGUAUACGCCUGGAGGGUUGGAAAGAGAGGGGAAGGGGGGCGCGCAGCUGCGCCACCUCCGCCCCCGGCUCUACAGUGUACGCCUUAGGGGGAAAGGGCAGGGGGGUGUGUGGCAUGGGAAGGGCAGCACGUGGUUAGACUUGAACGUGUGUAUGCCUGGGUUGGGGAGAGAGGGGUGCACCAGAGGGGGGGGCGGAGCACAGGAAGCG